AUGCUGAAGAAACUUACUGAGAUUAAGAAGGAGAGAGAGGAGGAGCAGCAGCAGUAUGUUAAAUACAUUCGUAACCUCAGGCACAUUGAGGUAAAGGGAGAUGGAACUGCUUCCUUUGCGUUUGAUUUGGAACUGAAAGACCUCACCUGUCGGAUCUUCCUUUACAAGGAUGGUGUGAUGAUCCCUUACAGUGAUGAUAUGGAAAUGAAACACUGUCUACGAACUGUUGAUAAGAAGCUGGUGUUCACAAUUAAAGACCUUAUGCCUGAAGAUGCUGGAGUCUACCAGGUGGACGUUGAGGAAGUUAAUGUGUUCUCAACUGAAUUCAAAAUUCCAAAUGUGGAUUUUAUUGUGAAGAUCCAGGAGGUGAAAGCCAUGGAGAGAGAGGAUGCACUGUUUGAAUGUGUUUUGUCUCAGCCGCUUCCCAAGAUCGGAUGGUUGGCUAAAAAUGUCCCCCUUGAGAAUGGAGACAAAUACCGCAUCACCGUCUCAGACGACAAACUCAUUCACAGGUUGCUGAUCAAAGACUGCCUCCAGUUAGACAAGGGGAUCUAUACUGCUGUUGCAGGAAUUAAGACGUGUAGUGCCUGGCUUGUGGUGGAAGAUCCUGGAGUUCAGUUUGUCAGCGGUCUCUCAAAUGUCAAUGCCUUAUUUGGCCAGGCUACUGAACUCAGCUGUAAACUCAACACUGAGAAGGGCGAUGGAACUUGGUUCAAAGAAGGAAAGCAGCUGACAAAUGAAGAUGGAAUCACCAUUGCAAAAGAUGGUGCAUGCCACAAACUCAUAAUCAAUAGUUGUCAAGAGGAGCAUUCUGGGAAAUAUCGCUUUGAGGCUCAUGGUCGUAAAACAGAAGCAAUAGUAACUGUUCAAGAUCCACCCAGGAUUGAUUCCAAGGACUUGUCCAAGUUCUCAGAGCCUGUGACUGUGAAAGCUGGGCAAAAUGCCACAUUCAAGUUACCAUUUGCUGGCCACGAACCAAUAAAAAUUCAGUGGUACAGAGAAGGAGAAGAGCUCCAGGAAGACACUAAUGUCAAGAUUGAGAAGACAGCAACAUAUAGCCGACUUCUCCUGAGCAAAUGCCAGCGCAAACAGACAGGAGAAAUCAAAAUCAGACUGAAAAAUGACUUUGGCACCACUGAGGCUGUCUCUAAACUCAGUGUGCUUGUAUUUCCUGGGGCUCCUGCUGCUCCCAAAGUGGUUAGUGCCUUUGCAGAGUGCAUCACCCUGACCUGGACAGCCCCCUCCAACACAGGAGGCUCUCAUAUCCUGGGAUACAACCUGGAGAAACGCAAGAGAGGCAGCAACCUCUGGAGUGCUGUCAACCCCAGCAACGAACCUAUUCAAGAAAAAAAAUAUGCAGUGAAGGAUGUGGUUGCUGGUAUGGAGUAUGAGUUCAGAGUCUCAGCCAUUAAUGCAUCUGGUGUUGGGGAGCCCAGUGUCCCAUGUGAUUUUGUGACUGCCCGAGAUCCAAAGAAGAGCCCAGGAAAAGUGCGGGACCUGAAGGUUACAGAGGCCACCUACACCAGUGUAUCCCUGUCAUGGACCAAACCAGUUGAAGAGAGAGGAGCACAGGAUGAAGCUAAAGGUUACUUUGUGGAGAUUAGGCCAGCAGAGAGCCUAGAAUGGAUUCGUUGUAACACAAGCCCAAUCAUCCUGACCUCCCUCACAGUUAAAGGUCUUAAGUCUAUGGCCAUGUACUGGGUCAGAGUCCUAGCCACCAAUGAAGGCGGAGAUGGCCCACCCCAAGAUCUGGACAACUACAUCCUGGCAAUGCCCCCUCCUGUGAGGCCAAGGUUUACAGACCGCAAUCUGAAGAGUUUCAUGGUAGUGCGCGCAGGCAACACUGUUCGGAUCACGGUUAACUUUGAGGCAUCCCCAGUUCCUGAUGUGGAGUGGCUGAAGGAUGGUGUUCCUGUGUCCAAGCGAGUCACCAUUAGUAACUCUGAUGGAGCAUCCCAGCUCCUGAUUCCCUCCUCUGAGCGCACCGACACUGGUACUUACACCAUUGCUGUGAACAACAUGGUGGGUCAGGAGACCUUCAGUAUAGAGGUCAGAGUCACAGAUGAACCGAAGCCACCAGGCCCUGUGGAGUUGGAAGAAAAUGUCCCAGGCACAGUGACAGUGACCUGGGAGCCAUCUCCAGAUGAAAAGCGUGAUGAUCGUCUUCACUACAUGGUCUCUCAGCGAGAUUCCACCAAACGAACCUGGCAUAUGGUGGCCGACCGACUCUUCAACAAUAAAUUCACUGCCUGUAACAUCAUGGCAGGGCGUGAAUACCACUUCCGUAUUUAUGCCAAGAACGACAUGGGCAUGUCUGCUCCUUCUGAGUCACCCACCUGGGGCACAAACAGAAAGAGAGAGAAAUUUGUCUUAAAUUUGCCACACUAUAAAGACUGUGACCUGCAAAGUGCACCAUCAUUCCUGGUUCCCCUGAAGUUUCACACUGCUCCAAAAGGGUAUGAGUGCUACAUGAGUUGUGCUGUGAGGGGAAACCCCAAUCCCCGUAUCACCUGGUACAGAAACAAUGUCAGUAUCAACACCAACACCAACUACUACAUCUCCAAUACGUGUGGUGUUUGCUCACUGUUGAUUCUACGGGUUGGACCCAAAGAUGUGGGGGAAUACACCAUCAGUGCAGAGAAUGCACUAGGACGGGCAGAAUGUACCACCAAACUCUCUGUCAGAGCGGAUAACCUCAUGGGCAUGCAGAUGAAAAUGGUGAAGCUUCAGUCUUUCCAAGAGGAGAUGAGGAAGGCAAAUGAGAAGCAGCUGGGUCCUGAUGGGUUUGAGCACCGUUUACACACUCUGGAGGAGUCGUACGCACUGGCACAGAAACAGGUUGGCAUGGCACUUGCCACAGCUGAGCAGCUUAAGACCUCUGACCUGCCUGCCCAGGUACUUACUCUGCAUACAGAGAUGAAAGCCCGACUUGCCGAGGUCCAAAAAGCUGCUGUCUCUGCGGAACAGCUGGCCCAGCUCCAGGUCUCUCUCAGGGAAAAGAGUCUAGAGUUUGAAGAAGUGAAACAGCAGGUGGAGGGGCUAGCAGGGGCUAGCACUGAGUUAGCACAGAGUGUGGAGGGUUUGUCAAGUAGCCUGGCGGCUAGUGAGGUCCAGCUGGAGCAGAAGGCAGCUACAGUGGAAGUGCUGAGCUCUCAGAUACAGACACAAACCUCUGACCUUCUGGAACUGAAGAAACUGCUGGCUAACCAACAGAUUCAACUGGAGAAAAGCAUGGAAGAGAUUGCCAUUGUUAAAGAGCUUCUGGAGACUGAACGUAUCCAUAGAUCUCAGCAAGCAAAUGUGGAGGAGCAGUUGAGUUCUGUUCAUCAGAGUCUACAGGAACAGAAUUCAGCUGCCCAGAACCUCCACACAGAACUCAGUGCCCAGCUAGAGUCUAUACAGAGCCAGGUUUCCCAGUUGGAUGGAGGUGACCAACUAGACUCAGAAGCAACAGAACCAGGACCCACAGAGGAGGUUGCAGCAGAGAGGGCUCUAACAGAUGAAGAGGAGACACCAGAAGGAGCAGAGACUGUUCUUUCAGCUGAGGAGGAGACGAUAGCAGGAGCAGAGACUACUGCCUCAGCAGAGGAGGAGACACUACCGGAAGCAGAAAUCACUCUCUCUGAGGAGCAGACAUUGCCAAAGGAGGAUGUACUCACUCCAGAGGAUGAUCAGAUAGCACCUGUCACACAGGAAGAGGGUCUACCAGAGGAGCUGAACCCUGUAGAACUAUUUGAACCAAUCACAGAGGAACAGACUGCUGCUUCAGAGGAAGAGGCAAUGGAGGUGGAACCUAUAGAGCUAGAAGAGCUGAUCCCUGAACAGCAGCCUGCUCCCUCAGAGGAAGAGGAGGAGUCUAGUCAGGAGGUGGAGCAGGAGAACUUUGAAGCUCCCAGAGAGGUGUUGGAGGAGGAGUUUGUGGAGGACCAGAGUGUUGAGGAAGAAGAUGAAAUACAAGAGCCAGAGGAUGAAGAGACUGCCAUGGAAAAGGAAUACAAACAGACAGAUGAACCAGGCAGAAGCUCAGACGGUCUUCAACUGUCCAGGAGAAGUCCAGAGAAAUGGGCAGAACCUGCUCAGGCCCAGUCAUGUGACCUAGCUCAGUGGUGUAACAGACAGAGUGCUGAGGAGGCGGAUAAGGAAUCUUAUGCUUAA